CUAUCACAAGUUGCUAUAAAAAUUAUUGGAACGUCAACAAACAUAUGCCACGAAAGAAAAUAUUACGAUUUGACGAAUUAUGAUUUUAAAAAAAAUAUCACUGACACAAAAUUAAACCCAAUUUUAACCGGUUAAUACACAAAAUUAAAGGCAGCAAGAGGAGAGCCUGGUGAAAUUCAGAAAAAAAUCGACACUUGAGUGACGUGGACCUGGGACAUUUGUUGUUGAUUAGAAAAACAGCAUGUCAGCCAUAAGGAGGAAGCCAACGAGCAGCAAUGCCGACCAGGAGUUGCUCAUCGAGGAGCAAAAAAAGUUGGAGAAGGAGAAGGAGGAACCAAUCCCGGAUCUUACUGGAGAUCGGCGUAAUAUAGCCAUCCUGUUAUUCCUGUAUGUGCUUCAGGGUAUUCCCAUUGGCCUGAUAUCAGCUAUUCCCAUGCUGCUGCAGAAUCGGGGAGCCAGCUACAAACAGCAAGCGGAGUUCUCCUUCGCCUACUGGCCAUUUAGCCUUAAGCUGCUUUGGGCUCCCAUUGUCGACUCUCUGUACAUCCGGCGAUUUGGUCGAAGGAAGUCCUGGCUGGUCCCAGUGCAGUACCUUCUGGGCGCCUUUAUGCUGCUCCUUUCGCUUAAUGUGGAUCGCUGGCUUGGCGGGAAUGGCGUAGACCCCAAUGUCCCGCUGCUGACGCUGCUCUUCUUCCUCCUGAACUUCCUGGCCGCCACACAGGACAUCGCUGUGGAUGGCUGGGCCCUAACCAUGCUGAAAAGGUGCAACGUGGGCUAUGCCUCAACGUGCAAUAGUAUUGGCCAAACUGCUGGCUAUUUCCUGGGCUAUGUGGUGUUCAUUGCGAUGGAGUCCAAGGAAUUCUGUAAUACCUAUCUGAGGGAUGUUCCUUCGGAGGAGGGCAUGAUAACACUACCGCGGUUCCUUUGGUUCUGGGGCAUCACCUUUGUGGUUGCCACUACUUUGGUGGCAAUUUUCAAGAAGGAGAACGACAUCGAGGACGACCACAUGGAGGCACGCUACACGGAGGAACACGAGCUGAACAUUCAUCAGAGCUACAAGAUCCUGUGGGACAUGGUGUGCAUGCGUCCCGUCCAGAUCCUCGCUGUAAUCCUGCUCACCGUAAAGGUCUCUUUCGCCGCCACGGAUGCUGUGACCAGCCUGAAGUUAAUCGAUGCUGGUGUGCCCAAGGACAAGCUGGCCUUGCUGGCGAUUCCCCUCAUUCCCCUGCAGCUUAUCCUGCCGCUGGCGGUGGGUCGCUAUACCAAUGGACCGCGUCCAAUGGACGUUUAUCUGAAAGCUAUUCCCUAUCGCAGUGUCAUGGCCACGGUGGCCACUGGAUUGGCCUAUGUCACCCCCUAUAUCAUCCGGGGAGGAGUUGUGCCGACUUAUUACUAUGUCUUGCUGGUCACCACUUAUGCCAUAUAUCAGGUAUUUCUCUACUCCAUGUUUGUGGCCGCCAUGGCCUUCUUCGCAAAGAUCUCCGACCCGGCGGUGGGUGGCACCUACAUGACUUUCUUGAAUACGCUGUGCAAUCUGGGCGGCAAUUGGCCCAACACCGUACUUCUGUGGCUGGUGGACGUGCUCACCUGGAAGCAAUGCUCCACAGAUCCGGAGAACACCUGCCUAGGGAAAGGGGAGCAACAGAGCUGCGAAGCUUCGGAGGGAAAGUGUGAGAUAACCUUCGAUGGAUACUAUCUGGAGUCGGGCUUCUGUGUGGUUUAUGGUGUUGUUUGGCUACUGGUGGUGCACAAGUGGAUUGUCUAUCUGCAGGACCUGCCCGUGCGAUCUUGGAAGGUGGUCAAGCAGAAGGCGAGGUAGCAAUUAACUGUGUGAUCCGGAGCUAGAUCCUCAUCCGGAUCCAGCGCCAACCCUUAGGUACAAGAAACUAAUUCUAGGACUAUGAGACGUUUGCAUUCUGUAGGCUAGCGUAAUUGAAAAUUCCCGCCUUGGUAUUGUUUUUUUAUAUAACUGAAAUUGAUUUUCCAAUGGAAAUAAAAUCAUAUGUUGAAUUGAGCGAA